CAUACUAUUGCGUAACUCAACGUUUCAACCCCUAUCCUAAACUUAGGCCAACUUCUACCAAACCUACCGUCCCUUAUUAUACCUUACUCUUUGUAGCGUAUCGAUAUUUUCGACAAAUGACACCAACGUCUGCAGUCUGAAGGAGCCCUAAAGGCAUUUUCAACAGUGAGGGCGAGUCCCAAGGAUUUCGUCGUCGAACCGCCAUAAUCUCACCACCUCUCGUCGCUGUUAAGUAUCGUCCUGCCACCGGCACGAUGAAAAGCGGCCUUCUUGCAUGCAUUUUCGCGUUCUACGCGACGCUGAUGGCUUGCGCAGUGGGAGGAUACACGUACUUCGCCACAUUCGUCCAUAAUGAAAUAUAUCCGUACUUCAGGGAGCACAGAACGGAGACGCAAUAUAACGAAGCACGUCUUGUAUUUACGUUUCUUGUGAUCUCCGCUGUUCUUAUUUGGUGUUUCUUCUUGAGUACGGUAUUAACCUUGUUUAUCGACACAGGGAAAUACUGGAAUGAACGUCGGCGUCCCUGGCCUAUCUGUGACAUUAGCUUGAGGAUUUUCAUUCCAGGCUUCUGCAUGAUCGUCGUGGUUGUUUUAGCAGUCUUGAUACUACUCCUUGCUUGGGGAUGGUGGGACUACUUCGAAUCGGCCAAGAUGGAUUGGUUUGCAAGUCACUGCCACGGCUUGCGGGGAAUGAUUAUCGCAAUCCUCGUCAUUAUAGAUGUCAGCUUCGUUCUAGGGACAUUGUUACGUACCCAUUUGCGAUCUAGAUCCGUCCCAUAUGUACCUAGGUAAGUACCUAACCUAGCAUUCUAAUAGAGUUAAAUCAAACAUGACUCCGGGAAUGACUUUGUGUAAAAUAAAAAUAGAAUCUUGACAGAUAUAUCAGACUUGAACAUCUAAAUAUACAAAACCUCGCUCUUUGCAUAGUAUUCCUAACCCUGUACCUUAUUUCCUUAAGCAGGUACGGGGCCGGCCCCACUUAGUUCAUUGAUUCCACUGCGGCGGGACGAUUUUUUUAUUUUUUUUUCUU